AUGUCUGACGGUCCUAGUAAUGCACCCAGGGACUGUGGCAGUCUCCAGGGUCCCUCCCAGGGACAGCAGUGCCCCCAGGGACUCUCUCAGGAGCGGCAGUGCUUCCAGGGACCCUCCCUGAGGCAGCAGCGUCUCCAGGGACCCUCCCAGGGACAGUGCUUCUCCCAGGUACCUUCUCAGGGACAGCAGCGCACCCAGGGCCCUUCUCAUGGACAGCGGGUGUCUCGAGUGACCUUCCCAGAGGCACCGGUGCCCCCUGGGACCUUCACAGGGGAGGCGGAGCACCCUGGGACCUCCCAGGAACAGCAGCGCCCCCAGGGACUCUCCCAGUGGCGGCAGUGCCUCGAGGGACCCUCGCAGAGGCAGUCGCGUCCCGAGAGACCCCCAGUGACAGGGGCUUCCCCCAGGGACUCUCUUAGGGGAUAUUGA